CAUCUCUCCUGCCCGGAUCCUAUCAUGUUGCGUCUAUUCAUCAUUCUUGUUAUUGACCGAACUGGCGGCCACAAACUGAUCAGCAAACUUUAGUUGAAAACAUUUAAUUUGAUUAGCCUGAGGCUUGAGAGCCUGACCACCAAGGCAGGCGUUAGACAGAUUCAUGAUCAUAGGACCUCUAUCUUCUCUCUAUUAGUUUUUCUCCCUCCCUGCAUCCCUCUCUCAGCAAGCAAGUAAUGUGGUGCAAAUAAUUAACAGUACGUAGUACUGAGCGAGUAAAUUAUGGAUCCUGAAGAACCAGGAAAUGGUUUCUCAAGCAGGACCAUUCCUCUCCUGGUUAGCAGCACUAGCAGUAGCAGCAGCAGCAAUCACACCAGGGAUCCCAUUAUUAUCCACUCCCUUUCAACGUCGGGCAAUACCUCUUUUUAUAAAACUUGUUUCAACGGCCUCAACGCUUUAUCAGGAGUUGGAAUACUCUCAGUACCAUAUGCCUUGUCAUCAGGCGGAUGGUUCAGCUUGAUGCUACUGCUAGUUAUUGCAUCCUCUGCUCUUUAUACUGGCUUGCUUAUCCAGAGAUGCAUGGAUAUGGAUCCAAGCAUAAGGAGCUACCCCGAUAUCGGUGAGCGCGCAUUUGGGGCAAAAGGAAGAGCACUUGUAUCCAUUGUAAUGAAUACUGAACUCUAUAUGGUGGCAACCGGUUUCUUGAUUCUUGAAGGAGAUAAUUUAUACAACUUGCUCCCUGAUGUCAAUUUCGAAAUUGGGGGUCUUAAAAUCGGAGGAAGAGAGAGCUUUGUUAUCAUGGUUGGCCUUAUAAUACUGCCUACUGUUUGGUUGAACAACAUGAGCAUCCUUUCUUAUAUUUCUGCCAGCGGAGUUGUAGCUUCUCUCCUACUUCUUUGUUCAAUCUUCUGGGCUGGGGAGUUUGAUGGCAUUGGAUUUCAUCACAAGGGAGUUCUAAUAAAUUGGAGCGGAAUUCCAACUGCUGCGAGCCUUUAUUCCUUCUGUUACUGCGCUCAUCCAGUUUUUCCCACCUUGUACACUUCCAUGAGAGAUCAGAGACAAUUUUCCAAGGUUCUGGGAAUAUGCUUUCUUGUAUGCACUAUUUCGUAUGCAUUGGUGGCAAUUGUGGGUUACCUGAUGUUCGGUUCAGAACUCAUGUCUCAAAUAACAUUGAACCUUCCAAUCGACAAGAUUAGCUCGAGAGUGGCAAUAUACACCACAUUGGUCAAUCCCAUAGCCAAAUAUGCUCUGAUGGUAAUACCAAUUGUGAAUGCCAUUGAGACUAGGCUGCCGUUAAAUUGUCAUAAGAGGUCAUAUAGCCUCUUCGUCCGAACCAGCCUGGUCCUUAGCACUGUUAUUGUGUCCCUGGCCAUACCGCUUUUUGGGUAUCUCAUGUCACUUGUUGGAGCAUUUCUGAGCGUCACAGCCUCCGCCAUACUUCCUUGCCUGUGCUUCUUGAAGAUUUCUGGCAUUUACCAGACAUUAGGUCUUGAGCAGCUGGUAAUGGUCGGCAUUGUCUUGAUGGGCAUUUCUAUUAUGAUAGUUGGAACCUAUACAUCUGUGAUGGAAAUUGUAAUGCAUUUUGUAACGUGACUUUUACCCAUUCAAGGUGCAGGCCAGGGGGCGUGAUGCUGUGUGGAUGUUUGUGGUUACAUAAGCAGAGAGGAGAGUUAGCACAAACUCUUGAUGUUGACGAACCAUAGAGGAUGGGCAUCUCUUACAUUCCACCUGUGGCCCAGGCCCAAUUUGAGUGGCAGCCCAGAAUCUUCUAAGGGUGGGUGAUGAUAGUAAAUCUUUUUCACUCACGCCAAGAAGAGUAGCCAGGGAUAAUCUUCUAGAAAAAGAUCAUAGAAAGGGGUUUUGAUGGAUCGAAUAUCCUAGAAAGGAGUCAAAAGGUCAUUCGGCUUUUCAGAAAUUCAGUGGUAGUACGAUUCCUGAGAGGAUCAUUAGCUUCGCGCCCAUGAUUGCCCCAUGCUGUUAAUUGUGCAGAAAAUUUGAAAGGAAAAUGGAAACCGAUGGUCCAAUAAUAAAAACACAACAGAGAGAGAGAGAGAGAAUGAACAUUUCUAAAGUUGCAUAAUUGAUAGUCCCAUUCAAUACAGUAA